CUAUUACGUCGGUAGAGCGAAAUAAUAAUGAUGAUUUAUAUGGAAGAGUGACGUUUUAAAUUCAAUUAUUAAAUGCAAGCACAAGACAUGAGCAAAAAAGUAGUUGAUGGUUCAUUACCUAAUUAUCUGGACAGAUCUGCUGCUUGAUGCUGCUCUACAUCUAGCAGCUAUACCUGGGUGAUAAUGUCAUUUCGGUGUAAAACGUACGAGUUUCGGCAAACCUGUCUCUCUGGUUAGUUGCGUAACCGCUUAGACCCAUUAGUUCCUGCAGUGGGUAUAUAGGAAACAGCAAUAUGGAAAUGAAUUCCUCGAACCCAGAAAAAUUCUUUGUUGAUCUCAAGCUUCUUCCCCCCAUAAAUCCACACGCCCCUCCCACUUCCCACUCCCAGGUUAAUUCAAAGAAACCCAAAACCAGGGCAUUAGGAAAAGUAGUAAAGCCAAGCGCCAAACAGGGCCUAAAGCUGGUUGAAUAUGAUGGGCGACCCACAAAAGCGAAUCAAGCUUACACCAUUCAAGCACAGAACUUGAUGGUUGAAGAAGAUGCUUCUCUUUGUCCCAGAGAGUGCAGAGAAUUCACCUCCAAUGGAGUGAUGGAGACUAGGGGCAGGGGAAACAUAGCCUUUCAGAAUGAAUCUACAGAUGGCGCUUCAAAGAAGGGAUUGGCGAAAUCAAAUCUGUUCGAGAUCUGCGCUGCAAAGUAUUGGAAGCCCCCUUUAUUUGAAUGCUGCAAAGAGGAAGGGCCAAGCCAUGCAAAAAUUUCUAAACAGGUUCACCUUCAAGGUUAUUGUCGUGAUGGAGGAAGCCUCAACCACGGUUUUGGAGUGCUUUGGUGCUCCCCAAUUGAAAAAGAAAACAGCAGCAGAGCAAGCAGCUGAAGGGGCCUUAUGGUACUUGAAACAUGAUGUUUGCUUGUUCCAACUACUUACUGGAAAUUAAUUUACGGUUUUCGAUCGUAUAUCUUGCAAUGACAUAGAAAGUAAUUUACGGUUUUCGAUUGUUUGUGUGUGAAGUCAGGAUUUAUAGAAAAUCUUUCUACUCGAUAAACAGGAAUAGUUGACAAGCUUGAAGCACAACGAAAGGAAUUAUCGUUGAAAAUGAA